UCUAUUGAAAAAGAAGUUGAAAAGAACUUAAAAUCAUUGGGCUUUUCCGAAUCAAAUUGUAUUUCACAAAUCGACAUAAUUUCGAUUCUAAUUUUCUGCACGGUGACAUAAUGCCAGUGGAGAGUCGGGAUGCAAAGAUCCAACAAAAUGUACAUUUGGAUCCGAUCGAUAAAAGGGAGAACGAUAACAAAGAAUAUAGAGCCAUCAGAUUGCCAAACGGUUUAGAAGCUUUGCUAAUAUCCAAUGAAAAUUUAACGACGUCUUCUCAAGAAAAGAAGGCAUCGUGUAGCUUAUGCGUGAACGUAGGAAAUUUCAGCGAUCCACCAGAAUUUCCGGGCAUAUCCUAUUUCUUACAUUAUAAACUUUUUCAAGAUCUCGAAAAAUCUUCAGAACAAUGUACUUUGGACAAGUAUAUUGAAAACCAUAAGGGUAUUAAUGAUAUCUCAGUCGACAACGAGCAUACAAUAUUUUUCUUUGACAUCGAAGAAAACAGCUUGUUUGUAGCUCUCAAGAGAUUUGGUGAUUUUUUUGUUGAGCCUAUAAUAUCGGAACAAGUACUUAUAGAACAAUAUGACGUACAAAACGUCUUGAUAUACUAUGCUUAUAUAGAGUUUCAGAGAAGCUUACGUAAAAGACAGAAGAGAUACGACCAACUAUUUUCCUCUUUCGCACAAACUGGUCAUCCAGCCAACAAGUUUUCUGUAGACCAUUUAAUAAAAUUACGCAAUAAUAUAGAUUACAACAAAUUGUACAAUGUGCUGGACAAGUUUAAAAGUCGUCACUAUAGCGCUCACAGAAUGAAGCUAGCAAUACGGUCGGGACUAUCGUUGGAUGUAAUGGAAAAAUUUGUCACAUCGUGCUUUGCUAAUAUGUCAAAUAACGGGAUAUCUCCAGAUAAUUUUUCCAAAUUUAAAAACGAUCUCCCUUUUGAUACUCCUGCUUUCCGAAAAAUGUAUAAAGUUAAGGAUAAUUGGGAACAUCUUACACGAGUACGUGAAACGAAAUUUGAGCAGAUCUCAGUACAGCUCACCACAGAACUCACUUCUGAAGGACUAAAACAUCUGGAAGAUAUUUUAGAUGCGAUAUUUUCUUUUAUCAAUUUACUAAAGAGAGCAGGUCCGCAAAAAGAAAUUUACAAUGACAUGUAUGAGAGUAAAAAAGACAUUUAUAGUGGAGUUCUCAUGGAUAUAUACUGCGAACUAUGGAAACCGAUAUUAGCCGAAGAAUUAUAUCCAGCUUCAUUGGCUGGGUUUAUAUAUGAUAUCAAUAUCCUUAACAAUGGUUUUACAUUAAAAAUAAGCGGUCUUAAUGAAACUCUGCCACUUGUAGCGGCUACUUUUGCACAAAACAUGGUGCAAUAUUCAAGCUUUAUUACGGAGGACAUAUUUGAAAAUGCCAAAGCUCGAAAAAGCCUGACAUAUUUCAGUUUAAUUUCCUCACCUGCAACUUUCACCGAAGACAUGGCAUUAUCGAUACUAAAACUCGACCAUCAUUCACUAAUUGAUAUGUAUAAUAUUAUACAGAAUAUCACUUUCAAAGACUUUCAAGGCUUCGUGAAAUCCUUUACUGAACAUCUAUACAUUCAAUGUCUCGUGCAAGGAAACAUGACGCCGUCUGCUGCAAUCAAUACAGUAGAGCAAUUUAUUAACACAAUUAAUUGUAGCCCUUUACAUCCAAAUACAAUAAAACAGCUUAGAGGCACUCAGAUACCUUUGGGCAUAAGCUAUUACAAGAUUAAAAAUAUCACCAAAUAUAAACUUUCCUUAGUAACUAAUUAUUAUCAAGCCGGCGUCACAACGAUUGAAUUAUCGACAUUAAUCCAUCUGAUAAGCUAUAUAAUGGACCAUAAGUUAAGCGAAGAUCAAUCCUUUGAAAAGUUUUGGUAUACCAACGUCAACUUUAGAAACAUUAACGGAAUUUUAGGAUACUCUAUUACUGUUUACACUCAAUACACAAUCGAGUACAUUGAUAGGACGAUCGACAGAUUUUUGAAUGAGUUUAAAAACGAUAUGGAAGAGCUCACAGAAAAGGAAUUGGAUGUUUAUAAAGAAACGUUCCUAAAAUCUAGAUCAUUUGACGAUGCCAAUCUUGAAAAAGAAAAUGAAAGAAACUGGAAGGAGAUCAUAACGUGUACUUACAUGUUUGAUUUAAAUGAACAGGAAAUACAUGCUCUAGAGAAAAUAAAUGUUAAUAAGCUGAGGGAAUGGCUUGCAGAUCACACAAUGAAUGGAAAUAAUUUUAGAAAAUUGAGUUUACAAGUUGUCGGAACUACUCCCAAAAAAGCGAAAUACGUUAAUUUAACAAACAUAAACGACGAUUAUCAGUACAAUCCAAAUAGAUAUCAUUAUAUUACUAAAAACUAG